AUGAAUCCUAGUUUGAUAUCAAAGGCCACCCGUCCCACGCGGGUCCUGGCGCAAAAUGCACCAAAGAUUCAAUGUUUAAGGAAAGGUGCCCAGCUUCACACUGCAGCAUGGCAUGUCGGUUCUCAGCGUCGACCUUCUUUUAGGAAAGGGUCCCAAUCUCCUUCUGCGAAGCGGUUGUUCCAUGCCACAAAUGCCGUUCAGCAAAAGGAUCCUUACCAAGCUCUUGGUGUUGGUAAGACAGCAAGCGCCGGCGAUAUUAAGAAGGCAUACUAUGGCCUAGCGAAAAAGUACCACCCCGAUACGAAUAAGGACCCUCAAGCGAAGGACAAGUUCGCCGAUAUCCAGUCCGCCUACGAAAUUCUAUCCGACCCCAAGAAGCGCGAGCAGUUUGACCAGUUCGGUGCCGCCGGCUUCGACCCUAGUGGAGGAGGUGCCCCCGGUGGUGGUGGCGGAUUUGGCGGAGGGCACCCGUUCUCUGGCUUCGGUGGAUUUGGCGGACAAGGUGGUUUCGGCGGGUUCGGUGGCCAGGGAGGUUUCGGAGCCGGAGUCAACUUUGAAGAUAUUUUCUCAGCAUUCACCGGACAGCAAGGGUUCGGCCGCCGAUCACGACAGCAGGCUUAUCAGCAGGAGAUCCUCGUUGGCGAAAACAUCGAGGUCCAAUCGACUAUUAGCUUCAUGGAGGCAGCGAAGGGUACAACCAAAACCAUUUCGAUUACACCACUCAGCACCUGCGGCACAUGUAAGGGUAAUGGCAUGAAGUCUGGGUCGUCGAGGAGCGCAUGUAGCGCUUGUGAUGGAUCUGGUACCCGGAUAAACUAUAUGCAGGGCGGCUUUCAAAUGGCGUCUACUUGCGGAACUUGCGACGGCACUGGCACGGUCAUCCCCAGGGGAUCCGAGUGUAAGCCUUGUUCAGGAAAUGGUGUUGUGAGGGAGAGGAAAACGAUCACAGUGGAUAUCCCUGCAGGUAUUGAAGAUGGCAUGCGACUUCGAGUUGACGGUGCUGGUGACGCAGCCCCUACCGGUCGGUCUGCUGAGCCCAAUGCUCGCAGCCAAAACGGAGACCUGUACGUCUUUGUGCGUGUCGCUAAAGACCCUAAGUUCCGACGAGAUGGCUCCAAUAUUCUAUACACAGCCAACAUACCUCUCACAACUGCUUUGCUGGGUGGACACGCCGAGAUCCCUACUCUGGAUGGAACAGUCAACGUCAAGGUUGCUACAGGCACUAACACCGGCGAUAAGAUCACCUUGCCUGGCAUGGGAAUGAAGCGCCUCGGUUCUCGACGUGGCGGAAACGGUGACCUCAGGGUUGAGUACAGGGUCAGUAUGCCCAAAUACCUGAGCGCCAAUCAGCGAACCAUUGUUGAGGUGCUCGCGGAUGAGAUGAGCGACAAGACAGCAAAGCGGGUGAUGGGCGUUGGUUCUUCAAGGGACCCAAAUGACCCUGAUACGCAUAGAGACGAGGGCUUCCUCAAGUCGCUCUGGCAUACUCUCACCAACCAUCCCGCUCACCAAAAGCCGAACGAAGAUGGAAGCCAAAAUGACGGCUCCACCAAGAAGCCUGGUGACGACGAUAAGAAAUAA